CGUACUCAAAACAUCCAGGCUCCAGCAAUAGUGGGGAGGAGAGAGAGAGAGAGAGAGAGCCGAUACCAUGAGAAGGAGAGAGGGAAAGGGCGAAGAAGAGGAAAGAGAAGCUCCCCUCCAUGGAGAUGUGCUGGAGGCUAUCGUCUCGCACGUGUCCACUAUAGAUCUCGUGCCUGCCUCGCACGUCUCUAAGGCGUGGCGCGGCGCCGUCCUCUCCUUCCUCCGCCGCUCCCCGCGCCGCGCCCCCUGGCUUCUCCUCCACCUCCAGGGCCGCCGCGACCCCUCCAAGGCCUCGACCCACGCCUACGAUCCCCACUCCCGCGCGUGGUGCCUCAUCCCGCACGUGCCGCGCCUCCCCCCUCGCCUCUCCCUCCCCCUCCGUUCCUCUCCCCUCCUCCACGCCCUCUCCAUCUCCCGCCUCGCCCUCUCCGCCGACCCCUUCGGCGCCACGUGGCGCGAGCUGGAACCCCCACGCGUGUGGCGCCGGGACCCGGUGGUCGCCGCCGUGGGCCCCGCCGUCGUCGUGGUGGCCGGCGGCGCGUGCGAAUUCGAGGACGACCCUUGUGCCGUCGAGGUGCACCGCGGUGGCGGGUGGGAGGCGGCGGAGACGAUGCCGGAGGCCUUCAAAGGUUCGGCGGCCGCCACGUGGCUGUCGGUGGCGGCCUCAGACCGGGCGGUCUACGUGCUGGAGAAGCAGGCCGGGUGGGCCAGCCGCUUCGAUCCGGAGACCGGACAGUGGGGCCCGACUCGGCUGCUGCGCCCGGAUCCGACCGUGUGCCUCUCAGCCGUCGGCUUCAUCGACGCCGACCAUCUGGUCCUGGUUGGGGUUUGCGGGUCGGAUUCGGAUUCGGGUUGGAGGCCGGAGAGCGUGAGGCUGUGGGAAGUGAACGUCGAGACGCUGGAGGUGGGAAGCGAGGUGGGAAGAAUGGGGAAGGAGAUGGUGAAUGGAUUGGUUGGGAAGGAGGAGGAGGGGUCGUACUCGUGGGGAAUGUGGUCGAUCGGGUUCGCGAGCAUGGCGGGUUUCGGGUACGUUUAUAAUCCGGCAGAUCCGAGGAAGGAUAUAUUCUUGUGCGAGUUUGAGAGGACGGGCAAGGGGAGUGGGGAUGGGUGCAGGUGGGAAAGAAUUCCGAGUCCGCCGCCGGCGGUGGAAGCCAAUCCGGCUCAUAGGAUGGUGUUCAGGUGUUCCACGGUCGGGAUGGAUGAUCUUAAAAUGGUUCUGCGGACGCCGACAAGAUAGAGGGGGUUUGGAACAUUCAUGCAUGGGCUCUCAGAGAGCAGCCAUUUGGGACCUGCGGCCAUUAGGCAAUAUUUCUUUUUUUUUCCUUUUUUUUUUUUUUUUUUGGGGAAAAGAAGCAUGCAGUCCUUCGUCUUAGUCUUGUCCUUUUCUUCUACUUUUCUAUUUUUUUUUGUUUUCCUUUUCUUUUUAUGUAAUUUACUUAUUUAUGAUCAGAAAUGUGAUUGGCUGCAGCGAUGUUUUUCAAAUUUCAAUGUCCUAUGUAAUCUUGGCAAGGAAUGCUUGUCUUGUCU